AUGGCUUCCCAUUCUGCUCUUACCGAUGCCGAAAAAGAGGUCAUAGAGGCUUCCAAACCCGAUUCUGUUUCCGUCGUAGCAGAAAACGCCCCAGUUGCUUAUAGUCAAGAUGACGUACGGAAGCUGGUCAGGAAGAUUGACUUUCGAAUUAUGCCCUAUCUUUGGGGAUAUGCUGUCCUGUCUGCAGUCGAUAAAGUCAUUGUCUCAAACGCAGCUCUGUACGGCAUGAUUCAAGACACCAACCUUCAAGGACAAGACUAUAGCUGGGUUGGAUCUAUAUUUUAUUUUGGAUACCUUGUCGCCGAAUUCCCCUGUGUUCACUUAAUGGCUAAGCUCCCGAUUGGCAAGUUCCUCGCCGUUAUGGGAAUAGGCUGGUCAGUCACAACUUUGUUGAUGGCCGUAACACAUAACGCAGCUGGGCUCAUGGCCCUACGCUUUGUUAUGGGUAUGAUGGAGGCUCCAGCUCUUCCUAGCUUGACACUCAUAACAACUAUGUGGUACCGAAAGCGGGAACAGCCUCUUCGGGUAGCCAUCUGGAGCUCCACCGUUGCUUCCAUCUAUGUCGGCCUUGUUUCUUAUGGCAUCGGUCACACUUCAACAGCAAUCGCGUCAUGGAGGCUUCUGUUCCUCGUUCUGGGAGGCAUUAGCCUCUUGUUCUCCAUCUCCAUGCUUUUCUUCUUCCCAGAUCGGCCGGAAGCCGGACGCUUCCUGAACGAAAAAGAAGCCCACGUAGCAGUACAACGCAAGACGGAGGACAACACUGGUGUCACUGGCACGGAAUUCAAGUGGUACCAAGUCAUCGAAGCUCUUACUGACUGGAAGUCCUGGGUCAUCACGCUCUUCUUCUUCUGUAUGAAUGUGGCUAAUGGUGGCCUGAAUACGUUUUCUGCGCAAAUUGUAUCUGGCUUUGGUUUCUCCAAGCUGAAUACAGUGCUCCUUGGCAUGCCAACUGGUGUCAUUCAGGCUGUCUCAUCCAUCCUCGCUGCACUACCCCCUCGGUACUGGAAAGAUACACGUUGCUUAUCAGCAGCCGUCUGCUGUCUCGUCCCAUUGGCAUGCUCUAUUGUCAUCCGGAAGCUCCCAUCUUCCAACCAAGGAGGCCUUCUUGCAGCUUACUACUUAUUCUACUUCUUUUGGGGCCCCUAUGCUGUUGCUCUCAGUCUUCCAAUGGCGAACACAUCGGGGCAUACUAAGAAAGUGGUGGUGAACGCGAUGGUAUUCUUGGCUUAUUGUGUGGCCAACAUUGUAGCACCACAGACUUUCAGGGCUACUGAAGCCCCUCAUUACGAGACGGGGUAUAACACAAUUCUUGGUGUCGAAAGUGCUGCUGUCACGCUGAUGGGAAUGUACUAUAUUGGGAUCAAAUGGGAGAACAGGAAGAGAGAUCGGGUGUACGGAGUCAUCGCACAUACGAAUGAUGUCGAGGAUCAUAGCCUCGAUGACUUGACUGACAAAGAAAAGAAGGACUUUCGUUAUGUUUGCUAG